ACCCGUAAAGUCAGUUUUUCUGCACAGAUCCGCCGGACCCGCCCGCUACACACACACACACACACACACACUUCUGCAAUAUUACGCACACUUUCUGCGCUCCUGCUUUCUGGAUGUCCACUUAUAAAGAAUACUGCGACUUUCUCAUGAUGGAUACAUAUGCAAUAUCGAGGAUUUGUGUGUGAUCUGAAGGCUUUUUCCCUGAGGACUGAGAUUAUGUGUUCUUCGGGAUGGGGGCGAACAAUGGAAAACAGUGUGAAAGUGAAGGCAAAGGCAGCUCCAGUAUCUCGUCUGACGUGAGCUCCAGCACUGAACACACAGCCAGCAAAUCUCACAAGAAUGUGGCGACCAGUGAAGAUUCAGACCUGAGCAUGAGAACUCCCAGUCCGGCCCUCAUCCUGAACCCAAACCCUCCUCAAACCGUCCCCAACGGCCGUGAAUCCUCCCUGGGGGAAACAGUGGCAUUAAUUCACCCUCCUCCAUCCACUCGCUCAAAGUCUACAAAGCCCCCUCACACUUCCUUAAUCGACGUCCUUCCGGAUACUAUUUUACUCCAUGUGUUUUCAUACCUGUCCACUCCUCACCUGUGCUGCUGCGCUCGAGUUUGCCGCCGCUGGUAUAACCUAUCCUGGGACCCGCGUCUCUGGAGCACCAUUCGUCUAAACGGAGAACUGCUAAAUGCUGAUCGGGCCCUAAAAGUGCUCACUCAUCGGUUGUGUCAGGAUACUCCAAACGUGUGUCUGACCCUGGAGACGGUGGUGGCCAGCGGCUGCAGGAGACUCUCCGAUCGUGGGCUAAGAGUGAUCGCCCGCUGCUGUCCAGAGCUGAGGUGUUUGGAGGUUUCAGGCUGCUAUAAUGUGUCCAAUGACGCAGUGUUUGAUGUCGUCUCCAAGUGUCCCAAUCUGGAACAUUUAGACGUAUCAGGCUGUCCUAAAGUGACGUGUAUCAGCCUGACGGAGGAGGAAUCUGUCCAACACACACCUCUACACGGACAACAGAUCGGUCUACGAUAUCUCAACAUGACGGAUUGCGUUUCACUCGAAGACAAAGGCUUGAAGACCAUUGCAUUUCACUGUCCGCGUCUCACACAUUUAUACUUGCGGCGCUGCAUCCGACUAACAGACGAAUCCCUGCGCCAGCUAGCACUGCAUUGCACAGCUUUACGCGAGCUCAGCCUUAGUGACUGCCAUCUAGUGGGAGACUUUGGUUUACGUGAAGUCGCUCGUCUGGAGGGCCGUCUACGCUAUUUAAGUGUAGCACAUUGUAUGCGGAUAACAGAUGUUGGACUGCGUUAUGUAGCACGCUACUGUCCGCGGCUACGCUAUCUGAAUGCACGGGGAUGUGAAGGACUGACGGAUCAGGGUUUGAGUUAUUUAGCUCGAAACUGCCCUCGAUUGCGGUCCAUUGACGCGGGACGCUGCCCGCUGGUGUCCGACGCUGGACUGGAAGUGUUAGCAAGCUGUUGUAAAACGCUCCGAAGGCUGAGUUUGAGGGGAUGCGAGAGUUUGACGGGACGAGGAUUGAUGGCACUAGCAGAAGGAUGUCCUGAACUGCAAUUAUUAAAUGUACAAGAGUGUGACGUGCCACCUGAAGCACUUCGACUAGUCAGACAACACUGCAGACGCUGUGUGAUUGAACACACCAUUCCUGCUUUCUACUGAGGGGACGCCAGGGGUAUAGACCUCUGAAAAACAGAUGUGUAUAUUUUAUGCAUUCCUAUAUACGACUGCCUGAAAAGAUGCAACAUGUCAGAUAUGUCUCAAAACUAAGCAUAGGCCGGUAUAAGAUUCUGACGGUAUUAUAACCGUGGAUAAAAAUAUCAUAGUUUCAUGGAAUAGGGUAUAGCCGAGCUAGUGUUUUUCCUAUACUGAUAAACUUCCGGUGACCUGUUAUUAUAUAUACCGGAAUAUAUAUUAUAUAUUCCAUUUUAUACGAUUCCUUUUACAGCAUUGAUGUUGUAAUGUAAUUAAAAUACAUUCAGUUAAAUAAACUUUGGCAUUCAUGUAGUUGUUCAAGCAUAAAACAAGACAAAAAGCCGUUUACUCGCACGCGCUCGUCAGAAUCGGCAGGCUAGCGCAGAAGCUCCAUUGAAUACACUGGGGUAAAAUAAAUGCUCAUAUUAUAAAGACAUGGUGGGGGAAAUGUAAUUUAAUGCAGUGCUUCUUGUACAAUCUGAGACCCACUUUAUAUCAGAUAUCACUCAGCCAGUUGAGACCGCUGAUUUUUAAAGAAAACAGACCUUAAAUGCGCCGAUUUUUGCAUUGGCAUACAGUUGACCGGAAGCGCUUAACCCAGGUUACUAGCAAAUUCAAAGUCCUAUUAGCAUGCUUCAGCAUACACCCUAUUGUGAUUACUGCUCUAAAAUAUCUUCUUUUUAAAUGUCUGGGUAAAAAUGGCUACAAAUAAUUAAUUCGUCAUGGAUUGAUUAAUUAUUAUUCAUAAAUAAUUCAUAAAUAAACCUCUGCCUACGACGACCCCAUUGUCCAUAGCUAUGUUUCACAGUAGACAUCAUACAGAGUCAAUGAAGCAUCAUCACUUCCCCAAAUGUACUGAUAAUUAACAAGACGACAGCGCCAAAUACUGGCCUGGUAUAUGUAAUACAGGUUUACUCAUUUACGCAGAUAUGUGUAAACAUGGAGAGUUUUGAAAACGUCAUGAAUAUCAGAAGGUUUUUUAAAACAAAUGGGAAAAACUUCUGUUAUCAUGUAAACAUAGCAUCAGACCUCCCUGACAUACUGUAGUAAGUUGACUAGCUGUCUACAAUUACUACUACUGCAGGGGGCAAGUUUAGCGACAUCUUUCUGUAGUUUAACUCUAACACACUGGCCCCAAAUUUCCCAGAUCCCAAGAGCAUUGAUUAGCCUUUUCAGAUGAGUUUAAUUUGGGUUGGAGCUAAUCUGUGAAGGAUGUAAUUUUCUGCUUAACUCUUGCUCUUCAGGUCAAUACAAUGUCCAGUUUCUUGAGGUUUUGAGACACAUCGCUGCACAAUGUUGCUUCUUGCAGAGCUGUACCAUGUUCUUGCUAAUUAAAGAACUAUGUGAUGUAUAUUAUCACCUGUACAUUGUCACUGUACAUUGCUGGCGUUUUUCUUUGUGUCUGAGCUGUGUUCGUUUAGAUUGAUUCACAUUUUGCUUAAGAGCCGGUUGUCCAUCGGUCAGUUUCAUGGUUAAACGUUUUAGUAAUAUUGUGAUUGUGUUUUCCCACAGGUUUAAAGCAAGAGGUGACAUAUAUAUAUUUGUUUAAAUAUAUGAAAUUGUCCUAGUUUCCUUCAGAAAGCCAAAAUUGAAUUCAAGAGACCAGCCUGGUUCAUUAAAACUAGUAAAAUAUGGGCAUUUGCACUUUAAAGGGCAUUAAUGACAAUCACAGAAUGACGUCUCCGAGAUCUAAAAGUCUUUUAUUGGAUAUCCCAGAUCAAUGAUUUAUGAUUAAGUAUUUUUUAUUACGUGAAAGCAAUAUCUUGCUGCUAAAUACAUUAAAUA